GUGCCUCUCGCUUCCCGCUGCCUUCGCCGCUCCGCAAUUGGCCAACGCAGCACGGCGACGCACGUCAUGACGUCAUUCGGCCUCCGCGAUCUGCGAGCAGCGGUGACCCAUGUGAACUGGCUUUUACGUCUCGUGAAUGGUGCAAUCAGGUACAACAUAACCUAGGUGUGUAACUGCGUAAAAUUAAUUAAUCUGCGAUAUUAUUAACAGAAAAAUCGUGAACAAUAUUAUAUUGGUUGACUCUACAAACUCUUGAGUUUGGAUUAAACGAUAAAGAACGCAAAAAAAUGCCACAGGGAAAGCUCAAAGUUAAGACAAAGCUGCCAGCAUCGGCAAAGGCAAAAGCCAACAAAGGCAAGAAAGGUUCUGCUAUCCAAAAGCGUGGAAAUGCCCCUGUUCAACCUAAGAAAGCAAAGUUGCAGGAAGCGCAAAAAUUGAAAAAGAUUAUUUCAAAAACAGUAAACGCUGCAGCAGAAGAUGAUUUACGGGAGAGAGCUUUAGAGGGAAAAAAAACUCUUACGAAAAAAAAUCCCAAAUCAAAAAAAUAAUAUGUUAAUUGUUAUGAUAUUUACAUAUAUGAAUAAUAUAUUGAAUAUAUUGUAUAUAUAUGUAUACAUAUAUAUUUGUUUGAGAUUAUUUGGGAAAGGGAUUCGAUUGAGUGAGAUAAAUUUUAUUCCAUUUAUUAUGUUUGUGUAACUGAAGCUUAGCUUAUAUUUAAAUAACGUUUAUAAAUUACUGACAAGUAAACUUGUCAAUCGAUUCGGUUUUAUCAUUCUUUGUAUCAGAAUAAAUAUCAUUUAAUAAUAUUAUCUAAUGUACAAGAAAAUAUACAGGGAGCUCUAUGGUA